GUCCCCGGCGGCCGGCUCCAGCCAGUGCCCGGGAGCCCAGGGCCGCGGCGGUCCGAGGACGAGGGCGGAGCGGCUGCCGCGCCUGCGCAGAAGGCCGGGGCCGGCGAGACGCCGGCGGCGCGGGGGAGAUGCAUAAGCUUAAAUCGUCUCAGAAGGACAAGGUCCGCCAGUUUAUGGCAUGCACUCAGGCUGGCGAGAGAACUGCUAUCUACUGCUUAACGCAGAAUGAGUGGAGACUAGACGAGGCCACGGACAGCUUCUUCCAAAACCCAGACUCGUUCCACAGGGAGUCCAUGCGGAACACUGUGGACAAGAAGAAGCUGGAGCAGCUGUACGGCAGGUACAAAGAUCCACAAGAUGAAAACAAAAUUGGAAUCGAUGGGAUUCAACAGUUUUGUGACGAUCUGAGCCUAGACCCUGCCAGUAUCAGUGUGUUGGUCAUAGCGUGGAAGUUCAGGGCAGCAACUCAGUGUGAAUUUAGCAGAAAGGAAUUUCUAGAUGGCAUGACAGAACUCGGGUGUGACAGCAUGGAGAAGCUAAAGGCUCUUCUGCCAAGACUGGAGCAGGAGCUGAAGGACACAGCCAAAUUUAAAGAUUUUUAUCAGUUUACCUUCACUUUCGCUAAGAACCCAGGGCAGAAAGGUUUAGACUUAGAAAUGGCUGUUGCGUAUUGGAAGUUAGUGUUAUCUGGAAGGUUUAAGUUUUUAGAUCUCUGGAACACGUUCUUACUGGAACAUCACAAAAGAUCAAUUCCAAGGGACACCUGGAACCUCCUGCUGGACUUUGGAAACAUGAUUGCAGAUGAUAUGUCUAACUACGAUGAAGAAGGAGCUUGGCCUGUUCUUAUAGAUGAUUUUGUAGAAUAUGCACGGCCAGUAGUGACGGGUGGAAAACACAGCCUUUUCUAGGCAGCAAGUUAAGCAGGAGUAAGAUUAUGAAAUGAUUUGUAUCCUGCAAGGAGAUUUCGGUCAGUUCCUGGGUGCAUUGUCACUGAUUCCAGAAGUCAUUCUUGACCAGCCAUGGAACCAGAGGAGCCAUCCCAUUCUGCUGGAGGACAGCAGCAGCUGCUUUGUGGACACCGCAGGAAGUUCCCCAGGACAUGGCUGCUUUGGGAUGUUUGGAGAUUUGUCAUCAUAGCUGUUGCCUUAGGAGAUUUCUGCAUGAUUUUUUAGUAUUUACAGAACACUAAGGUAGAGCCGUGGCGCCGCCUGUGGGACCGCAGAGCAUGCUGCUUUGCUUGCGCCAUCAGGCGAACCAGCGGCCGGCCGAACGCCGCCGAAUGAUGUUGCAGUCGCACUGGAAGCACGGCAUGUGUCCUCUGCAGGAUGCUGCAUUUUUAUAUAAGUCAAAGCUGUUAAGAAUGUGCCCUAAAGGAGAUGAUCUUGUCAUAGAGUCUAAUGUUUUUUAAAAUUGGUGCCAGGAAUUCAAGAUUUAUAUUUUUUGAAUUAUCGAAUAUCUGAAUUUACCAGCUCUGUUUUUGUUUCCAUUUUCUCUAGACAUACAUCUGAAAAUCAUUUUAUGGUUCUCAGUCGCCAUGUAGCUUUGCACAGCAACAGCACACAUGGCACAAUUCCAGCAGAGUUUAUCUCACACCGUUUAUAAUCAGUGGACCCCUCUUAAAUGUUAUUUGACCUGAGAAACUUCAUAAAGUGUGUUUUUAAAAAAUAUAUUUUAGUUACAUUUUAAAAGACAUUUUUCCAUGAAAAACAUUUCUUUCAUGAGUGAUGAAUUGUAGAUUUUAAAAUCGAGGCCAGGCACGGUGGCUCACGCCUGUAAUCCCAGCACUUUGGGAGGCUGGGGCAGGUGGAUUGCCUGAGGUCAGGAGUUCGAGACUAGCCUGGCCAACGUGGUGAAACCCCAUCUCUACUAAAAAUACAAAAAUUAGCCGGGCAUAGUGGCACAUGCCUGUAAUCUGAGCUACUCGGGAGGCUGAGGCAGGAGAAUCGCUUGAACCCAGGAGACGGAGGUUACGGUGAUUCGAGAUUGCACCACUGCACUCCAUCCUGGACGACAGUGAGAUUCUGUCUCAAUAAAUUAAAAAAUAAAUCAAUACAAUAAAAUCGAAUGAGUUGGUUUUUUCCACCCUCCUGUGGUGCCCAUGGUACCAGCGUCCGAACCUUUGUGCCCCUGUGCACAUUCGGAAGCUAAAAUGUGCAUCGUUGUCCGAAAAAACCCAACCCCAAAACCUUCAUCUGAUUGGUGAGCUGAAGUCUGUCUGUGUGCCGUGUUUUCAUCUGAUUGGUGAGCUGAAGUCUGUCUGUGUGCCGUGUUUUCAUCUGAUUGGUGAGCUGAAGUCUGUCUGUGUGCCGUGUUUUCAUCUGAUUGGUGAGCUGAAGUCUGUCUGUGUGCCGUGUUUUCAUCUGAUUGGUGAGCUGAAGUCUGUCUGUGUGCCCUGUUUUCAUCUGUUUCUCGUGGCCGCCUGGUUGAGGGGUACCCACGAGUGCCGCCCAGGUGUGGAGGGCGUGUGUCGAGUUGUGGACCUCACUGCUGACCCUACCUCACGUGUGCCGAGACCCUCAUGUCACAAGCGUGCCUUGCUGCCCCCCUGCAGCACCGUGCAGGACGUGGACCAGCUGGAGAUGCUUCCCAGGAGAGAGGAGAGUCGCUGCAGAUGAUCUAGCUGCGGUGUGAGAGAGCAGAGCCCAGACGCACAGCUGGGUUGGCUUCUGAGAACAGGACUCGCCCUGUGCUUCAGGAACAUCUGGUGGCUGAGGUUCGUGAGCUUGGCGGCUGCAGGACGAACUGUCGAUGCUUCUCAGCAGAGAUGGUCACAGAGGGCAGCAGGGACAGGACUGGAAGGGACCUGCAGCCUGGAGACCCCGCCUGGCCCCCGCUGGCUUCUGGUGGUCCAGUGAUGGGCAAGUCACAGACCUUCCCCAGGCUCUGCUUCCAGAACUCUUAACGGGAAACUGGGCCUGUCUACCUUUAGAAGUCUUCGAUUCUCAGAGAGCAUUUGUUUAAUACAAUAAAAACUGGCUUCAAUAAAAACCUCAAAAAUGUGAGCACAUCUUGGAGGCUUCAUGGAUUCUUGACAUGUAAUUGUUCUGUUCAGAAAAGUUUAUAGAAUUCAGAUAAUUCUGUAUAAAUUACGGAGAUCCGCAGUACUUUUUUGUUUUUGAGAUUUAAAGUUCUGAGAUUGUCAAUAGAUAUCAAAAUAUCACUGGACAAAGGCUUUUCCAGAAAUUGUGAGUUUUUUUCUUCUGUUGUAUACAUUUGAGUCCUGCAUGCUGUGAAAUGCUGAGAGCAGAAGCAUUAAAUUGUUUUAUCUCGGG